UAUUCAAUGGAACAUCCAAAGAACUUACCUCCAGGAACUUCUGCCAUAGUUUUUCUCCUUUCUGCUGGUUUUCUCUAUAUUUGUAUAUGGUCUCCUUCAAGAACUUUACUCCCCUAUAAUGAACUCGACGAUCCACCCAAAAAUUAUACUACUGUUGAGUUUCCUGUAAAAGAUGAGCUUGAAUUGGCAUUAGAGGGAGCUUCCAUGCCGAACAAGACUGUUAUCAUCGCGGUCGUCAACCGAGCAUACGUCGAGCAGACUGUCGACGCCGAGACGACAAUGUUGGACCUAUUCUUGGAGAGCUUUUGGCUGGGAGAAGAUACCAGGCCGUUGCUCGACCAUCUCCUCCUCGUGACGGUGGAUCAGACGGCUCACGACCGGUGCGUGUUCAAGCGGUUGCGUUGUUACCGGCUUGAGACGGAGGGGGUUGAUUUCGGGGGGGAGAAGGUUUACAUGUCGCGGGAAUUCAUCAAGAUGAUGUGGAGAAGAACCCUUUUUCUUUUGGAUGUCUUGAAGCGUGGAUACAAUUUCAUUUUUACGGACACCGACGUAAUGUGGUUGCGAAAUCCAUUUGUAAAGCUGGGUCUAAAUGGAACCGAGGAUCUCCAAAUUAGCGUUGAUAAAUAUUACGGUGAUCCACGACCCGAUCAUAAUUUUAUCAAUACAGGUUUCUACCACAUCCGAUCAAACAACAAGACGAUCGCUCUCUUCGACCGAUGGUACUCGCUCAAGGACAACUCCACGAGGCGAAAAGAGCAAGAUGUGUUGUUAGACCUACUGCGACACGGAAUCGUCGCCGAGUUUGAUCUCCGAGUUAUGUUCUUGGAGACGAGGCAUUUCAGCGGCUUCUGUGAAGACAGUCGGGACGUCGGAGCAGUAACAACAGUCCAUGCAAAUUGUUGCCGGCACAUCGGCGCCAAGGUUAGGGAUUUGACGGCUGUCCUCCGCGACUGGAAGCGGCUCAAGGCGGCUGUGACCAAGUACCCCAAGGCUGCUCGUAAUAUAACUGGUAGUUUUCGUUGGUCAGCACACGAUGGAUGUUUGAAUUCAUGGAAACCUCAUCAUCAUUAG